AUGAGUUCUGAUAUUCCUAGUCUGCAGCGAGCAGUUGUUAUCGAGAACCCUGGUCCUGAUGCUAGGGUUAUUGUACGUGAAGACGUUCCAGUCGGAACUCCCGGACCGUACGAAGUUCUCGUUCAACUUGAAUUCACCGGAGUCUGCGGGUCAGAAGUUCGAGCUCUGCGAGGUUUGGGUGUCUACGAUCCAGUUAUAGGCCAUGAAGGCGUCGGCAGAGUCGUGAAAUUGGGCGAACACGUCUCAGAGUCAUUCUUUCGGAAGAAAGUCGGAGUCAAGUGGCUUUACAGAGCCUGCGGCGAGUGUUCCGUAUGUGUGCGCGGGUUCCCCAACAACUGCCCCAAGCAAUUGAAUACCGGCAAGCAUCGCCCUGGGACCCUGCAGCGAUACGUCGUCGCAGACUCGAGGUACCUGACCCUGAUCCCAGAGGGUUUGGGCGAGGCGGAAGCGGGGCCCUUGCUCUGUGCGGGUCUCACGAUGAUGGGCGCGCUUUCGAUGCUGGAUAAUGACUUGUCUCGCGGUGAUUGGGUUGUGAUCCAAGGAGCGGGAGGAGGGCUCGGCCAUCUUGGAGUGCAGAUCGCUUCCAAAAUGAAGGGGCUCCGUGUCAUCGCGGUAGACACGGGAGGUGAGAAGAGGAAGUGGUUCGAGAAGGAUGCCGUUGAAUUCAUCGACUACGCGACUGAUGACAUGGAACAGUCGGUGAAGAAUUUGACUGGGGAGGGUGCCCAUGCUGUGAUCGUUGUUCCUGGUUCAGAAGACGCCUACCGAGUUGCGCCCAAGCUUUUGAGGCCAAUGGGAACGAUCGUCUGCGUUGGGCUACCUCGGAAUGAUUUCGAGUUGCCGAUCUCAGUUGCUCAGUGUGCCCUGAAAGCUCUGACAAUCAAGGGUGCCAUGGUAGGAACAGAAGAGCAAAUGACUGAAUUGCUUCAGGCGGCUGAGAAGGGAACGAUUCGAGCUUCUAUAGAACUCUUCUCCUUUGAGCACGUCUCUGAGAUUAUGUCUCAGCUAGAAAAAGGAGAGGUAUUUGGAAGGGCUGUGGUUAGCUGCCUUUAA